GUAACCGGACAGGAAAAGCCGCCGCCGCCGCCGCCGCGCUGACUCCGUUGUUGCUGCUGCUGCUGGGCGCGGAGACGGCGGCGGCCCGAGCGACACGAGGCGCCUCGGCGGUCCGCGCCCUUCAGAGUGAAAAAAAAUGGAUCUGGCCAACCAUGGACUUAUUCUGCUGCAGCAGCUAAAUGCUCAGAGAGAGUUUGGUUUCCUGUGUGACUGCACAGUGGCCAUUGGUGAUGUCUACUUCAAGGCACACAAAUCGGUCCUUGCCUCUUUCUCCAACUACUUCAAGAUGUUGUUUGUUCAUCAAACCAGUGAAUGUGUCCGCUUGAAAGCAACUGACAUACAGCCAGAUAUCUUCAGUUAUCUCUUGCAUUUGAUGUACACGGGGAAGAUGGCACCGCAACUUAUUGACCCAGUUCGACUAGAACAGGGAAUAAAGUUUCUGCAUGCAUAUCCACUAAUUCAAGAGGCCAGCCUUGCAAGUCAGGGAACUUUUUCUCACCCGGAUCAAGUUUUUCCAUUAGCAUCUUCAUUAUAUGGCAUUCAGAUUGCAGAUCACCAGAUAAGACAUCCCACUAAAGUUUCAUCAGCGACUGACAAACUCGGGCGAGAACCAAGGCCACAGACGUCGCGAAUGAAUCAGGAGCAGGUUUCUGAAGGCUCACAGCUCUCGCAGUUAGCUACAAAUCUGCCACAAGUGAACCGGACAAAUAUGUCUGCUUCCGACCCGUUGCCAUCUUCUUUAUCUCCAGAAUUGGUGUCUGCUGCUGGUAAUAAUUCACCUUCAGGUGAAGAGGCCAACAUGGAAGCAUCUUCUUCAGAUGAGCAGCCUGCCUCACUCACAAUAGCACAUGUCAAGCCAAGCAUUAUGAAAAGGAACGGAAGCUUCCCAAAAUACUAUGCCUGCCAUCUCUGUGGCCGCCGGUUUAAUCUGCGAAGUAGUUUGCGUGAGCACCUGCAGAUUCACACAGGAGUUCCCUUCACAUCUAACCAGCAGGGAGAAAGUAAUAUGUCUUUGUCUCUCUGUAAUAACACAGGUGAUAAAGAUGCUGUGGAAGUGCCUGAAGCAGGGAUGAUCAGUGACAGUGAGCUGCAGCAGAUCUCAGACUCCCCAAUAAUUGAUGGGCAGCAGCAGUCAGAGACACCGCCCCCCUCUGAUAUUGCAGACAUAGACAACUUGGAGCAGGCAGAUCAAGAGAGGGAAGUAAAAAGACGGAAAUACGAAUGUUCCAUUUGUGGUCGCAAAUUUAUUCAGAAAAGCCACUGGAGGGAGCACAUGUACAUACACACUGGCAAGCCCUUCAAAUGCAGCACUUGUGACAAAAGCUUUUGUAGGGCUAACCAGGCUGCCAGACACGUGUGCCUAAACCAGAGCAUGGACACGUACACCAUGGUGGACAAACAGACUCUGGAACUCUGUACUUUUGAGGAAGGCAGUCAAAUGGACAACAUGCUAGUACAGACCAACAAGCCCUACAAAUGUAACUUGUGUGACAAAACAUUUUCCACUCCCAAUGAAGUAGUCAAACAUUCGUGCCAAAAUCAAAACUCUGUCUUUACACUAGAAGAAGAUCGCUCCAUUCUGCUAGGUGGUGGGGACACAGAAGCUACAGAGACUGAUAAUGCAGUGUUAGCCUCCAUCAAAAAGGAGCAGGAAGCAGUGUUGUUAGACUGAAUGUGAAACCUAUAUCAAUUUUUUAAAGUUUCUUAUUUUUUAUUAAAUCAAUCUUUUCCUCCCUCCACCUCUUACCUCACGUACCCCUGCCAUCUUUUCCACCAGCCUCCUUCCCACCCUUUGUCUUCAGCAAUGAGAACUGUACUGGCACAUUAGGAAAUUGGACUUGCCUCUCCCACCAAAACAAGAAAAAAGCUAUUGUGUCAAACCACAACAUAAUUGAUUUUAAUACAAAGGAAUGUGUGAAAAAAUAAUCCAGCUAACUAUGCUGAUAGUAUUAGUUAAUCCGAAUUUAAUAGAUUUUAAACAAAAUUUAGAUUGCUUAAAAGUGUAUUUAGAUACAAUGAUGAGCAUAAUGAGAAAUGAGUAUCAGUUUGGUAAACAAAGAAAAAAAGAUACAUUUAUGUUAGUUUCCCUGGUAAAAGGCAUUUUGACAAGAUCUGGCAGAUUAAAACACCAUGCUUUUUAGAAGACCAUGUGCAAGUUGGUUACGGUUAUAACUUAAAACCCUCAGAACUUUUCUCAGUGAAUGUAAAAAUGUCUGUUCAUCGAGUUAAAAAGAGGUGAUGGUGUUGGGUUUCUAUUACCCAUGUUUUCCUUCGAGUAUGCCUUUGGGUAUCUGUUUCAGAUAGCAUCAUUGAGUCAAACAAAGUACUUACUUGGUCAAAUUUUGACUUAAGUAGCUAUAAUAAUAAUGUGAUGGCAAUCUUUAUAUAUAUAUAUAAAUACUGUAUAUGUAUAAAGAUUUAUAUAUAUAUAUAUAGAAAGUGUGUGUAUAUUGGGUACAGGCAAAUAAACACACAUGUCCUUUUUAAGUAACUGGCCCUCUAAUCUCAGAUUCAGCCCAGAAUGUCUUUUAGUUGUUUGUCAAAACUAGUCAUGGCACGGUUAUUUUUAAUCAAAUGUAAAGCAUUCCAAGCUGUCUGUUGAGGAGAAGCUAAUAGGUAACUGAGGUCACCCAAGCUACAAAGGAAACUAGAGAAUUCCAUACUGGUGAGCAUAGUGCCAUUGUUAGUGCGGCACAAGUAUGGAUUGUUAGCUGUAGGUUUUGGUCAUUCUGGAUGGAUGGAGGGAGACAAGCUUUUUACCCAGGCAAGGAAUGUCCACAAUUUCAUUUGGUUUAAUGGCAUGAGUUAAGAGGAAAAAGUGGUGCAGAGACAUUGUAGUAGUAGGGGAUCAUGGUUAUUUUAAAGUGAAUCUGUAGUGCUGGCAAAUUUUGCUUUGUGAGCAACCCAUUAUUUUCAAAGCCAAGACAAAGUCUGCAAAACCUGAAAGGGUGAAUUCUGUAGUUUUAGUUACUGCUAAUGGUAGCACUGCAUCUUUGUGUUCAAAAUCAAGUUGUUGAUUCUUACUAUUUUAUACAGAUGCCCAGACUUCUUGCUGGUAGUCUAAAACCCUAAACUGACAGCAGCAAUGAAGCCCACGGAGCAAUUACUGGGCCAAUAGAAGGCAUAAGCAGACAGAAUAAAUGCCCCAUCGUAAAUGGAGACGGUGUGUGGUUUUGGGGAGGGGUGGGAGGGCAAGUCACAAACUACAGCUCUUCUCUGCAUAUACAUUUAAACUGAGUAUCAUCUUUUUGUGUAUAGUUAAGUUCUCAGAUUUGUAAGUUUUUAUACAUCAUUUCAUUGAAUAAAAACUGAAUUAAAUGGGAUAUGAUUUA